AAUCAAAUACCAAAAUUGUAUGUGGAGUUCAAUUAGAAUUUCAACCCCUUCAGAUUCCGGUCAGUGCUCCGAUUUGAGCGACCCCACUUUCUGCGUCCCCAGAUAAGGGUCUUUCCACUUUUCCGGCGACCAGCGGUGACAGGUCAAGUUCCAGAGCAUCUUCUGAAACUUUCCGUCUUUUUAGCAAUGGAAUUGCGCUUUAUCCUCUCUCUCUCUCUCUCUCUCUCUCUCUCUCUCUCUCUAGCAUUAGCUGGUUGGUGAGAACUAUCAACUGACUCUGAAACUAGUUGCCCAACAAUAUUUCUGUUGAGGGCCUAAAUUUGCUCCUGACAAAGCCAUCACCAUCGGCAAAAGCAGCCGUCGGCUUGUAAUUUCGGAAGGUAAAUAGAUGGGCACGGUCCAUGGUCGCCCCUCAGGCUCCCGACCUCCUCGUCAGUCUCGACCGGCCAAAUUUAGCGCUCCGGUUGCGCCUAACGGAGGUUCCCCGACGCCCGCAGCUGAACCUGGAUUUCACAACCACCGGCCGGACCACCACCACCACCAUCAUCAAGAUCACCGUCCAGGACCAGGCAUGACUCUACCUUAUUCUCAAGUGGAUGCGUCCCUGAGGGCGCUCGCUGGUCAGGCUGAGGGUUUCGGCCGCUUCGCCGUCGGCGGGCUCCAUGGAGCUGUCUACCAUGUCACCUCCCUCGCGGAUGAUGGAUGUGGCUCACUUCGUGAGGCAUGCCGAAGAAAGGAACCACUAUGGAUUGUGUUCGAAAUUUCUGGCAUAAUUAACCUUUCAUCCUACUUGAGAGUGUCAUCCUAUAAAACUAUUGAUGGCCGUGGCCAGAGGAUAAAACUAACGGGCAAGGGUUUGCAACUAAAAGAAUGUGAACAUAUCAUCGUUUGCAAUCUGGAAUUUGAAGGUGGAAGAGGGCCAGAUGUUGAUGGUAUUCAGAUAAAGCCGAAUUCAAGGCAUAUAUGGAUAGAUCGUUGUAGUUUAUGUGACUAUGAUGAUGGAUUAAUUGAUAUCACACGGGCAAGCACAGAUAUUACGAUAUCAAGAUGUCAUUUUUUUCGACAUGAUAAAACUAUGCUUAUUGGAGCAGAUCCCAGUCAUGCUUUUGAUAGGUGUAUCCGGGUGACGAUUCACCAUUGCUUUUUUGAUGGGACUCGUCAAAGACAUCCUCGUGUUCGAUUUGGAAAAGUUCAUUUAUAUAAUAACUACACUAGAAACUGGGGCAUAUAUGCAGUAUGUGCUAGCGUAGAGUCACAGAUUCUUUCUCAGUGCAAUAUUUAUGAAGGAGGACAGAAGAAGCUGGCUUUUAGAUAUAUGACAGAAAAGGCAGUAGACAAGGAUGUGGCACAAUCUGGCUGCAUAAUAUCUGAAGGGGAUCUGUUCCUGUCGGGUGCUGAACCUGGUCUCCAAGCAACUAUGGACGAGUCAUCUUUCUUCAAAGCCAGUGACAUGUACCCACCAUGCACAAUUGAAGCACCCACUGAUGCAUUAAAAGAGGUCCUCAAAUUGUGUGCAGGAUGGCAAGCUGUCGUGCGUCCAGAAGAUACUGCUGUGCAGGACUUUGCAGCCCAAUAUUAAAUGUGCAUCCAUUGCGUUUUCAAUAUGAAAAUCUGUGAUCCGUCCAUGCUUACAACGACUGUUAUUGCAUUUUGAUAUGUACAUUCUGAAUAAUUUUGUUAUAUAUCACAGACGUUGUAUACUGAUCCAACCUAAGAGCAUCUUUCUGAGUAUAUGUAUCUUUUUAUAUGGUGUACUUAGGAUUUGGUUUUUGUGGUUAUAAUUUUCCUAAAGUCAGCUAAACAAGGUAUUCUUGACCUUACCAUA